UUGAAAAGGAAAAGGUGUUUGAUGUAGCCAAGAAGCCAACAAGCAUGAGCAAAGUAAAAUAAGGAUCUGAUCAUCAGAUUGUUUCAUGUAAGGUUACAUCCGGUUUUGGCAACACAAACUAAAAUGCAUAAAGGAUAAACACCGAGAUAAGUACUUAAAUUCCCUUGGUUGGAGGUGACUUAUCAACAUCAUAGGAAUAGGGGUGGGUCAUGACUCAGUCGCCAUGCAUGUUGUCAUGGUGACCAGCCCCUGUACCCCUUCCUCCCUCCUCUGGUUGGUCCACAUUUUGUUGUGGUUUCACAACCAUGGACCUCAGCUGACAGAGGCAGCACCUCCAUGUCCCACCCCCUGCACCUGCUCCAAUCAGGCGAGCCGUGUCAUUUGUACAAGAAAGAGUUUAGACCAAGUCCCAGAGAGUAUUUCAGAGAACACAAGAUACCUUAAUCUACAAGAGAACUCCAUUCAGGUGAUCAAGUCUGACACAUUCAAACAUCUACGGCAUUUGGAAAUCCUCCAGCUCUCCAAGAAUCACAUUCGGCAAAUUGAGGUGGGAGCUUUCAACGGCCUCCCAAACCUCAACACGCUGGAGCUGUUUGACAACCGUCUCACGGUGGUGCCAUCGCAAGCCUUUGAGUACCUCAGCAAACUGCGAGAACUAUGGCUACGAAACAAUCCAAUCGAGACACUGCCGGCGUUUGCCUUUCAUCGUGUUCCCUCGCUGCGUCGUCUCGAUCUAGGGGAACUCCGGAAGCUGGAUUUCAUCUCCGAGGCUGCCUUUGAAGGCCUGGUCAACUUGCGGUUCUUGAACUUGGGCAUGUGUGGCUUGAAGGACAUUCCUAACCUUACCCCGCUGGUACGACUGGAGGAACUGGAGCUUUCAGGAAACCAGCUUGGAAUAGUGCGGCCUGGAUCCUUUCAGGGUCUGGUAUCACUUCGCAAGCUGUGGCUAAUGCACUCCAGAGUUUCAGUCAUUGAACGCAAUGCUUUUGACGAUCUCAAAAACCUGGAAGAGCUCAACCUCUCUCACAAUUCCUUGCAUUCCCUACCCCAUGACCUGUUCACCCCUUUGCACCAGUUAGAGAGGGUGCAUCUCAACCACAACCCUUGGGUGUGCAACUGUGAUGUGCUGUGGCUCAGCUGGUGGCUCAAAGAAACAGUGCCCAGCAACACGACUUGUUGUGCUCGCUGCCACGCACCCCCGGGUCUAAAAGGCAAGUAUAUUGGAGAACUGGACCAGAGCCACUUUACCUGCUAUGCUCCAGUGAUUGUUGAACCACCCACUGACCUUAAUGUCACAGAGGGCAUGGCUGCUGAGCUGAAAUGUCGCACGGGAACCUCAAUGACCUCUGUCAACUGGUUCACGCCAAAUGGCACUCUGAUGACCCAUGGAUCGUACCGAGUUAGGAUCUCAGUGCUUCAUGAUGGGACACUGAAUUUCACAAAUGUAACUGUGCAAGACACCGGGCAGUAUACUUGCAUGGUAACCAACUCUGCUGGAAACACCACCGCGACAGCCGUCCUCAACGUAUCUGCGUCAGACAGCAGCAACAGCUACAGCUAUUUCACCACGGUCACUGUAGAAACAAUGGAAUCAGUGCAAGACAAGAACUCUGCAAGACAGUAUAUUAAUGAAACGUUAAUAGAAUUCCCAGGGCCUACUGUUCAUGGAGGGGUAUUAGAAGGCCGACCUGGAAUCACUAUAUCGCCAUCUCUGUCUUCUCUUUCCUCAUUGUCUCCAAGAGCCAACAGAGCCACUGAAAAUGCAGUAACUGUGUCCAUAAUGGAUGUAACUAAUAUUCCAGGCCUGGACGAUGUAAUGAAAACUACUAAGAUAAUCAUUGGUUGUUUUGUGGCCAUUACUUUUAUGGCAGCUGUAAUGUUGGUGGUUUUCUAUAAACUUCGGAAGCAGCACCAGCUACACAAGCACCACGGUCCUGCUCGAGCCAUUGAAAUCGUCAAUGUUGAAGAUGAGAUCGGAGCCGGGGCUGGAAGCGGAAUCUCAGGUGGAUCAACUAUGAAUUCUGGAAAUGGAGGAGAAGGAACGCUAAGAUUGCAUCAUCCAGAAAUAGUCAACCUUCCCAAUAUUGGCCGCUCGGAUAAUCUCAACCACUACUACAAGACCCAUCAUUUCAACAACAACGUGAUGGGGAUUAGUAUCGGGACAGAAGGAGUCGGACCUGGAGGCAUCCUCAGCACCAAGAGCAACCAACAAGGCCAGGACAUCCCCAUCUCAUGUACCUCAGUUCCAAUCUCUACAUCGGGCAACGGCACCAACUCCAACAUCAGUUCUAUGUCUCCACCGCUGCCGAUGUCGCUCCCCAUGCCCACGAUGGGAUUACAUGGAUCGAUCAAGGGUUUUAUGAGCCACAACCAGAAUCCCCAAAUGGAGCCGCUUCUCUUCAAGGGAAACUCAAAGGAAAAUGUUCAAGAGACUCAGAUCUAAAAACAAAGCGAGAGUAUAUAGAGAGAGUGAGGAGGAGUCGAAGACAGAGAGGGGAUUGAUGUUGGGUUUAUGUGCUGGAUGAUUGGACACUAGAGUGCAUUGACAUUACACCAGGAGAGAGGAUAGACUGACACGGCGAUACAAACACAUACACUCGUCUGUGACAGUGUACCGAGCCAAGGAUUACUACAAUGGGCCACUUGUGUUUGUAGUAACGAUCCCGGCCAUGGAGAUCAAGGAACGGACAUUGAAACAAUGUAAAUCUGUGCCAAAGCAAAUGUUUUUUGCAGUUUUUACAAGCUGUGUUCUUAUUGG